UUCGCCUCCUCUUCUUCAUACUCUUCUUCAUACAGACACCCUGCAGCGGACGGUAACCUCGGCACAUAGCAACAGACACCCUCGCCUCGAAAACCCGGAAGAAAUCAGUGCCAGCCCUCAUCGGUCAUCCGCGAUUCAUCUCUUUCUGUCGGCCUUCAAAUCACCUGCAAUAUCAUCGGCUUCCAUCUCGUCCCGAACCUCUGCGUAACCAACUUUUGAAUGUCUACAGCUGCCACUACUACCCAGGCUGCUCCUGCCGCGGUCCCUACCCCGGCCAAGCCAGCUCAGCCGCCUCUCAAUCUUCUUGAAAGUUUCAUCUGUGGUGGUCUAGCCGGUGUCGGUGCUGUCAGUAUCUCCAAUGUUCCCGAAACUAUGAAAACACGCCUGCAGCUUCAGGGUGAGCUGCAGAAGCACGACCCUUCCGCGCCUCGAGUGUACAAGAACGUCGGUGAUGUGUUCAAGAAGACAUGGCAGCACGAGGGAAUCAGAGGCCUUCAAAGAGGUCUGUUGCCGGCUUAUGGAUACCAGAUUCUCCUCAAUGGUUCCCGUCUAGGUUUCUACGAGCCUUGCAGAAAGUUCUUCAACACAGCUAUCGGCAAGAAUCCCGAAGAUAGCGUAGCCGUCACUGCCAUUGCUGCUGGUGCUUUCACGGGCUGUAUCGGUGCUGCUCUCGGAUCUCCCCUUUUCCUCGUCAAAGCUCGUAUGCAGGCCUACUCUCCAGCGCUGCCCGUUGGUGCCCAGCACUACUACCCAAACUCUUUUGCCGCCCUCACUAGCAUCAUGAAGACCGAUGGGUUCUUUGGUCUCUGGAGAGGUGUCAGCACGGCCAUUUUGCGUACCGCCAUGGGCUCCUCUGUGCAAUUACCCUCAUACAACCUUUCCAAGAGCUACCUCGUGUCCAAUGCUGGUAUGGCGGCCGACAGUUUCUGGACCUUCCUUGCUGCGUCUUCCGUCUCUGGUGUUGCCGUCUGCCUUGCCAUGCAGCCUGCCGAUACUGCUCUCACAAGAAUGUACAACCAAAACACUAUCAAGGACCCCAUCACCGGCAAAGUCCGUGGCGCUUUGUACACCAACCCUAUCGACUGCCUCUGGAAGACCUUCAAGGCUGAAGGUAUCCCUGGAUGGUACAAGGGUACCACCGCCCACUUCCUCCGAAUCACCCCCCACACCAUCUUUACUCUUGUCUUCAAUGAGUUGAUCAUGGCCCAAUAUCAAAAGAUCCGAGCUGCCCCUGAGCCCAAGUUGGUGUAGAACAUGUACAAUCAAGCAUAGCAUCGGUUUCGAUCGUACCUUUUGUGAUGAAUCGCGAGUCUACGA